AUGGGAGAACACGAUGAUCAUGAAGCCGAACCUUAUGACCCAACUGUAUCAACUGAUGCGCAAAAGUAUGACGACCUCAUCGAACGAAUUGGACGUGAACUGGCUUCUAAGUUUGUCAGUGGAAUCCAUAGAUAUGUCAGCCGAAUUAUUGUGCCUGGUGGAGUUGGCGGAGUUCAGAAAUGUUUGUUUGAGCUGGACCGACUUAUUGAAAUGUACCCCCCUUCCCACUUCUACAUCAUCUCUGUAACAGCAGUCAAUCGUCAGAAUAUACGCCAGAUAUAUCAGCAGGAUUCAUUGAUUUCUUAG